AAUGAUGAGUAGACAACUGGUCUCAUUUUGUGUUUUCGUAAUUGUUGUCUGUUGUAUGUCUCCUGUCUGUUUUCCUCUGGUUUGCGUGUUUGAGGACAGGUCUGUCAGGGAUGUACAGUACACAUAUAAAGGGUGAAUGACGUCAGCAGCGGGUCCACUCAGUAGAAAGACGUCCUCUCCUCCUCCCAGCCCUGCUGCUCCUGCUCCUGCUGCUGGACCUUGUGCAGCUCAGGUGCUUUCAAAGUUACUGAUCCAUCGCCGCCACUUGUCUCAGAAGGACGCCUUUUCCAUCGUGUUGCUCUUUUCGGGACUAACACAAUGGGGAGAUUAGAUGCGCUUCGGCAGUUUAAUUUGCUCAAAUGGCUCAGAGAGGAGAGACAGUCGAGGAAGCUGAUACUCUUUAUUGUUUUCGUCGCCCUGCUUCUGGAUAACAUGCUGCUUACUGUAGUUGUUCCCAUCAUUCCCAGCUACCUAUACAACCUGGAUGAGUCAACAGAUGUGGCGUUGAAGAACAGCACCCUGUCACAACAGGAACCUCCCGGAUCCUUCCACAGCAUUGUGUCCUUAUAUGACAACUCUGUCAGGUUGUCAGGCUCCAACACCACAGCCAGGUCUACCGAACCGGUCCCUCCAACCCCUGCAGGUGUAGAGAAACCACAGAACUCCUCUGACUGCCCACAGUCCAGCAGCAGGCUGCUCAAUGAGAACGUCAAAGUGGGAAUGCUGUUUGCUUCCAAGGCCACUGUGCAACUGAUUACUAACCCCUUCAUUGGCCCACUUACAAACAGAAUAGGGUACCAACUACCCAUAUUCGCUGGUUUCUGUAUUAUGUUCCUCUCUACAAUCAUGUUCGCCUUCUCAUCGAGCUACACUCUGCUGUUUCUGGCCAGAUCGCUUCAAGGUGUGGGGUCUUCGUGCUCAUCUGUGGCUGGGAUGGGAAUGCUUGCAAGUGUCUACACAGAUGAUGAGGAGAGAGGUCACGCCAUUGGGAUUGCCUUGGGAGGUCUCGCACUGGGAGUGUUAGUUGGACCACCAUUUGGCAGCGUGAUGUAUGAAUUUGUUGGGAAGACUGCUCCUUUCCUUAUUCUGGCUUUCUUGGCUGUAUUUGAUGGAGCUCUACAGCUUUUUGUUCUUCAGCCCACUAAGGUAGAACCAGAGAGUCAGAAGGGGACCCCACUGUUGACGCUAAUGAAGGAUCCAUACAUUCUAAUUGCAGCUGGUGCCAUUUGCUUUGGAAAUAUGGCUAUUGCCAUGAUGGAGCCAACGCUGCCAAUCUGGAUGAUGGAGACAAUGUGUGCCAGGAAAUGGCAGCUAGGCGUCGCUUUCCUACCAGCGUCUAUCUCCUACCUUAUUGGAACCAACAUCUUCGGCACGCUGGCACACAAGAUGGGGAGAUGGCUAUGUGCUCUAAUUGGAAUGGUGGUGGUUGGAAUCAGCGUAAUAUGUGUCCCAUUUGCUGGAGACAUCUAUGGCCUGAUUCUUCCCAACUUUGGUGUUGGUUUUGCCAUUGGUAUGGUGGAUUCCUCUAUGAUGCCUAUAAUGGGUUACUUGGUAGACCUGCGUCAUGUGUCAGUCUAUGGAAGUGUGUAUGCCAUUGCUGAUGUGGCUUUCUGCAUGGGAUUUGCUUUAGGUCCAUCAAUUGGAGGAUCUAUAGCUGAGAGUAUCGGGUUCCCGUGGUUGAUGACCAUCAUUGGAGUAGUGGACAUUUUCUUUGCUCCUCUCUGCCUUUUCCUCAGGAAUCCACCAGGGCAGGAAGAGAAAAUUGCAAUUCUGAUGGACACCAACUGUUCAAUGAAGACGAGGUCCUACUCCACACAAGGGACAUACUACCAAGGUGAAGACAUGGAUCCAGAAUAUGAUGAUUAUGAUUAACAGGACAGCAGCCAUGCAGGUUAACCAUUCAGAGGAUCUAUUUUGUUGUACAAAAAAAAAGAAGGAACACAAAAGAAAAAGAAAACCGCAAUGAAAUAAAACAGCCAAGAUAUUUCCGUGUGAAUGUCCUGCAUUCAGUCUUCACUGUUCAGUGUACUCUUAGCAGUUGUACUGGAGCAAACCAAAGUUGUUCUUCAUAUGUGUUUGCAAGUGCAUUGUGUGAGAGAUAUUUUUAGCCAACAGCCUUAUUCAGUAGAGAGAUGUGUUAACAAGCACUUUUUAGACAGUAGGAGGGUGCUGAGCAACAGAUGCAUUGCUAGUUUAUUUUGAAGAUCUGUCUCGAUUCAUGUGCUGGCCAUUAAGUUUUAUCUACUGUAUGUCAAUGAUCUUGUCCCGAGUAUAAUUAUCAGAAUUUCAUGUGCAAGUUGGUAUUAUAAUGGGUAAUUGUGUGGUAUGUCAAGAAUUUGGUGUUUGUUAAGGAAGAUUUGUGAGACUGUUUGCAUUGAAAAAGUACACAUCAAGGGCUUCCCCAGUUCAACCACUCUGGUGGAAGUGUGGGAAGUCAACACUGCUUUGAGCUGCUUAACAAGGAAUGAGGAAUGUAUUCCAAAACAGAUCACAUAUAUGCUCACUAGAACAGAGGCCACAGAGAUAUGAAACAUUUCCCAUACUGUUGUUUAGAGACAGAUAAAGAAACCCAAUGUCCUGUUUCCAGAAAUAGUAUCAAAUUGCUCACAUUGACACAGUUUAUUAUAACAGCAUGAACUCAGUAUAUCACAUGUUUGGAAGUGGGUGAUUCAAAUAAACAGAUUUCUUUUUUUCAUGCACUCAAUAAUUUCAUUUUUUUCUGCAAGCCUCUUUGCUAGCAAUGAGAGUAUUUCCGCUUUUAUAUAACAAUACACCACUUCCUAAACAGCAUUACGUUUGGAGGCUGUCUGCAGGUUUGUGUAUUUUCUGGAGCAGUUUAGAGCAUAUUGUUAGCUAGUGUGUUAACUACUUGUGCGAUGGACACUUCUUCGUUUCCUCAGAAGCCAGAACUGUCUUUGCAGUUUGCCACUCAAUAGUGACACAAACUUACUGUAUGUGUCAAUUCACAAAAAAAAGUCCUACUGUGAGGAUCCAGUGGUUGCUGUAAAUUAAAAUGAUCUGAUCCUUCUUUAACAUACUACACUCUGACAUGCCAGAGAACUGUUGUUCCUCAGCUAUCUAUACAUUAAAAGUCUUUGUGUGGAACAUACUUCAAGGUUUGAGCUCACAAAGAUCAUUACAACCGAGAGUCUGUGAAGGUCCUCUGAGUUUCUGUUGGGCUACACCCACAGAUUCCCGACCCGUCCCUUCAAAGUGAAGAAGCUAUUCGGAUGAGUGGUGAAACGUUUUCUCAGAAAAAAACUCUACAAGUCCAGCUGCCUUUCUUAAACGCUUUUUGGAUACCACAACAGAGUUCUGCCCCGUAUAAUUCAGUAUAAAAUAUACAUUUACAUUCUUUGACAAACUAUACCUACAUACAAAGUUGUUUACAACAGACCUGUUGCAUUUUCCCAUGCCAGAAAAAAGUGCAAAUGUUAUUCAUAAUGUGGUCUGUUUAGGUGAACAAGUCCAACCAGGCUCACUGGAAUGACACAGUGUUAACACAGAGGGUGGUGAGCCACGUGGAACCAUGGGCCUGUGUCCAUUUUCUGUGAGAAACAUUCAGUAAAAAUAGGUCAAAACUCUAACCACACUAGUAGUUGUAUAAAUGUGAAUGUUGAAGAGGGACAUGUCAUGCAUAUUUUUUAUCCUACAACAGGAUGACAUUCUUCUCCUGCACUGAUUUGUAUUGUUACUCAAAAUAGCAGCAGCGGAGGAAGCAGCAGUGUUCUCAUUGACAUCUGUAUUAGUAGCCAGGGGCGGCUGAAUGGGGGAGGUGUUGCUGUCUCCUGAUGAGCUUGCCACUUUCUGUGUGUUCUUCCCCUGGGCCAUCAUUAAUGUUAUUACUUACGCCUGUGCUUCCUUUGCUAUGACAAAUCAAAAUGUCUGCUGCUGAGAAGGUCAGGUGACACCUGUGACAAGUGAUUUGUUCUGUGUUUCUCUCUCAGUAUUCACCAAUCAGGCAUAAAAUAAUGACCACCUGUAUAAUAUUGUGUAGGCCCCCCUUGUGUCUCCAACAGUUCUGACUCAUUUGGGAAUGAACACAGGCACUCUGAGGACAUAGGUGCUGGGAGACUUUGGGUCAUACAGGUUGAGUUGGGGGCCCUCUGCGGGGCGCACUUGCACGUUCUGCAGAUGCUCAAUCCAUUUGGGAUCUUAAAAAAUGAGAGAUGCUCUUCACGUUGAACCAUGGUUAUGUUUUUCGAGCUGUUCCUCAGCAGUUUUUGUUCAAGCUGCGUUGCUCUGCUGGAUGUGGCUGCUGCCGUCAGAGACGGUUGUUGCCAUGAGGUGGUCAUGCAACAGCAUUUAAGUGUGUUGUAUGUGUCUAAAUAUAUCUAUGUGACUGCUCAGCAGAAGAGCAUUCUAAUGAGAGGACCAACAUUAUUCACUUCACCUGUCAGUGGUCUUAAUGUUCUGUGCUGAUCAGUACACAGUCCACAUUCAUACUGGGUUCUACUUGUAGGAAUUAAAGGAAAAGUUUGACAUAGUAGAAUAUACAUUUACUUGUCCUUUGCUAGAAGUUAGAAAAGAAGAUCUAUAGUUUUUACAUAUAGAUAGUUUCCAAACUGUUCCUUGAAGGAAUAUUUUGCAUGACAUGACAAAUUACUUCUUUAAAAUUUGCUUUAACACAGACAAAUAAUAGGAUUAAUACACAGCAUAAUAUGACAAUACUGAAUCUUAAAAUACAUUUUAUAAGGUCAUCACAGACAAUCAAAACCCUGCACAAUAGUAAUCACAUUGCAUUCUGUUUGUCAGAAUCUUUCAAAACUGACCAGAGAUUUCACUAAAUGUUUGCUAAAAGGCCCUCCUUACUGAUCAUUUUUAAACCACCUGUUGUCAUUUGUUCUCAGAGGCCAAGGCCAAAUGUGAUCAUUUAUUUUUAUCUAAUUACUAACUCUUAGAGAGUGGACUUAGAAAAAUGACUGACAACUCUUUUCACCAAUCAUCUUUGCUUCAACCAGUUAUCUGUAGACACAGCAUAAAAGAGUUGCCUUAAAUCUGUAUAUAUUUUCCAAAAAUCUCCUACAACUAUUUAGAACAAACUAUGUGACAUACCAUAUGAUUCUUCACAAAUGCCUUAAUUACUGUUAAUUGUUUGCCCUUUAAAGUAAUUUCCCUGUUAAUAUAUUUUACAACAGGCACAAUAGUGUAAUGUUAACAUCUUCUCCAAAUGCAGGUCAACAACUCUCAGGUGCCAAAACUGAAAAUGACCCCAGUGAAAGGGCCCUGCUUACAUUAUAUGGGUGGGGGAAGCUCAGGCUCAGGCCUCUAAUAAGAUUAUCUGUUACUUGGCCCUAUUAGUUUUGUCUUUUACAAUUUAUAUUUCAUGUUUGUUUUGUGUAUGUCUUGAAAACUGUGUAAAUGUAUAAGUGAUGUCGAUCAACGCCAUUCAGAACAGGGAAGAGAAUCAGCUAAUACACAGAGCUCAGUACAAUAGUGCACAGCCUGUGUAAUAGUAGUUAUACAUUAGUACUUCCAGUAUCACAGAAGCAGUGUUGGGCAAGUUUCUUCCAAAAUGUAAUACUUGUACUAUUUUUAGCCGUAGAUGUCAUGGUUAUAUGGUUCACAUGUAUCCUAGUUCACCACUACAGCGAAUAAUCCGAACCUUAGGAACGACCCAGCAACAGAAAAGAUUUUCUAGUCCCAGAUGAGCGAACUCUGAGCUGACGUUCAUGUUUUACCGCGGUCUCAGACUUUAACCGAACAAAUCAAUAAUGCAUAAAUGAGCGAAAAUGCUUACUUUUAUUGCCCAAGUUAUAACAAAGAUGCUGUUAACAACAAACCGAUCCAUUUUGUAGCGUAUUUUCCAGCCGUUUCUUGCUCCAGCUCUACCAGUUACAGUGUUGCCAUGGAGAUGGAUACAACGUUGCCACAGACUUGGCAGAGCAAUAUUUUUAGUGAUGAGUCAGCUGUGCUGUGAUGCUGAUUUGAGCACGUUCUAAAUGUCUUAUUGACCAAUCAGAUUGCUGUCUUAUUCUUCUGUUGAUUUAAAAUCAUCGUCUUCUUCUUCUCUUUAUUUAAGGCUAUUGCACCUGUGUUGUUUUUUCGAAACCUCCGCCUGUGAGACAGCUCGGAUUGUAACGCAUUACUGGACUCAGUAACUGUAAUAAUAUUACCAAAAUAUAGUUAGUAACGCAUUAUAUUACUCCGUUACUGCCUAAAUGUAAUAUAUUACGGAAACGCGUUACCCCCAACACUACACAGAAGUAACUUUACAGUAGGGAGGGCCAGCAUUUUGACUCUGUUUCACAUUGCAGUGAGGAAGUAUUUGGGAAUGAUCAGCUGUUGAGAAAUGACCAAACAACUCCAGAGACAGAGGAAACUUAAAGACAUUAGCCAAGAAUUAUUUUCCAACAGCUGCUUCAAGUCUCAUUUCAAUCAAUUUUGCUUUUCUGCGCUCAGCGUCGUAAUCUAUUUUUUAUUCAGUGCAAGGCUUUGUCACAUUCCCAUGUCCCUCAUUUCCCCUGCAUCUCUCCUUGAACAGCAGUAAUGUUGUUUGGAGAAUCUAUGGACUGUGCCCACUUAGGUCAGUGGAACAGACCAAUCAAAGCAGACUGAAGUUCUCUGAAUGAAGGCACCUUCCCGGGCUGUGUUUAAGCAGGACAUGCAUAAAUAGCCUGGCACAGACAGACUCAUUUCUUGUCAGAUUUCAUUAUGGGGUGUGUUUCAAAUGAUACAUAGAAAACAACUGGAAUUGGAUAGUCCUACAACCAAUUAGAUGUAGCUGGUUAAAUGUUACUCUUCUGUCAAUCACCACAUGAAUGGAUUUUUGCCAGAGAAUAAUCAGUUCCCAACAAAACAACUGCAGACCAACCAGUUGUUCUGGUUUCCAGCCUAGAAACAAACACGACUCUGCAAAGCAUUUUAUGAUUUAAAUCUUAUUUUAAUCAGUUUCAUUGAAAGUGGAACUUCCAAGCAAAUUAGCAGUAACUACUGCUUCCGCUUAGUAGUAAUGGUGAUGGAUCAUUUGGGGAAACUGGGACACUUAUCUGCAGGCAGCAGAAAAAAACUAUAUAAUCUGGAGUAAUUUAUGCCAUGAAAAAUCAUACUAAAAACAAAAUGCCUUGGAUUGAGAGUCCACUGAGUGGCCAAAAGCUUUGGCAAUGAAAGCAGCCAUUCUUGGGUCUGACAGUUUUGCCCUUCUGCAAUUUGAUUGGCUAUAUACCACAUACUGCUAUCAUCACAGCAAAUAUUACCACCAUGAACAAAGUCGUUAUCUUCCACAGCAUAGAGAGUCUGUCUUGAAGAAAAACAUUUUAGUACACACCAGCCAUGGGAAACUAUAUAUAUAAAAUUAUUAAUAUUAAUGAUGCAAGAAAUUUCAUUUUGGGCAGAGGUGGUCAAUAACUAGAAGUUGAGAACAAGUACAGCUAUGUGCUCAGUUUAACUGUUACCUGUGUUAAGUGGAAUUGUGUAGUUUUCUGGUCGUGCAUCUGUCUGUGGUUGUUGUUCUACAUUUACUGCACAGUACUGUUUACCAAAAGGAGCCAUUCCUUAAAAUGAGAUAAUGGGUGUGUUGUAGGGGGUAGAACAUUUUCACCGUCAAAACAUUUGCAGCCAAAAUUCUGUUGGUCCAAAUUCUGUUGUAUAUAAACUGUUUUACAUUUUUCAGAAGUGAAGGAAAUAGGACACUGUCAUGUAGAAGCAGCAACAUUGUCUCUCUGUCAUUCUUAGUUUGCUAUGUAACAUUUAUACUUUAUUCAACAGAAUAAAGAAACCAGGAACCAAGGAAAAAGAGAGGCAUACAGUUGAGGUCCAAGUUGAAAUCAAACCAGAGAUGGUAUAUUGUGAAGUAGUAUCCACUGUAACUUCAGCUAGCAGGAUGAAGUUUCAAUGUCUCAUAUGCUAACUACAAAAAUUCUGCUAAACUAUGGUGGAUGAAUAGAAUAUUAUUUCUGCUUGUGCUACUGCUCUACUUUUCAGAAAAUCUGUAAAUAAAAAAAUACACUACAAAUGUACAGUAUUUGCCCAUAAAUUUGUAUUUUUUUUAAGAUUUCUCUAGUAUUCAUUGUUUCUAACACGGUGAAUGUUCUGUCACACAUAUUAUUUUUUAUAUUCUUUUGUUUUUCCUUGAAAACCUGCUGUUGGGCAGAGAAAAAACUUCACUGGAUUUUAGCAUGGCAGCAAAAAAAAAAGAAAAAGAAAAGAAAAGAUUAUACAACAACCAAUUGAGUGAUUUCUCUAAAGCGUGACCUACACUGUAUAUGUCUUUCAGGACAUAUUGCAUGACAUGUAUUUAUUUCUGGAGUUGUUUGUAUGGUUUUGUUAAUCCAGAAUCCAUAGCAAACAUGUCAGUGAGUAAGUUUUACAUGUAUGUCAUUGGCUGCGUUUUUUGUUUUUUGUUUUUACUUGAAGUAAAACUAUAUGUCCUAAUAAAUGUGGGAUGCCCA